GUUACAGGUGACGAGAAGAGACCUUGUCUACACAAUGACUCGUACAUCUACCUGUCACUCAAUGCGAACUCCUCCGAGCACCGAGAGUCGGGACGCCUGGCAAUCGUAGAUUCUUACGUUGAGUCAUCAAGAUAUAUGAGGGCAUCGAGGCACACUCGCAUCAUUCUGCCUGUACUGAUAUUGGGGAUCCUGUCCUGUCCCUGUCCAAAGUCCGAAUUAGAUCUUUCCAUCGCUCUCGAAACACUUUGACGAGCCUCACGUGCCGGUGUAACAAGCUUGUCUACACGUGGCAGCUGCUGUCAUUGUCUUUCACCUUGCCGCAAUUCCCAGACUGACAUGGGCAGUGCAAUUCGGCUUCUCAACCCUUUGAUUGUGGUGGCUGAGGUUCAUGGCCUGAUCAGUCUUCUGCGACGAACCUGCAUUUGCCCGAUACGGACUGCGAGUGGAGCGAUGGCAGAUCAGACGCCACAAUACUCGGAGAUCGUGAGACUCUUUGAGGACAUCGACCUGGUGGCGCAUGCAUUCCUUGUCAUCCGAAGACAGAGUGCAAAGAACGGAUCUGCAGGCUCGUUGCGCUCCUUGAGGCUGAAGACACAUGGCUGCCCAGGUUAUUGCCAAAUGCAGUACAACGGUGUUCCGAGUCAGGGACGACCUCGUAAAUGUAAAACACGAAUGUCAAAGCCACGUGGGCAUGUGCAUCAUGUUCGACUUCGUCCUACCACCCACCAUGUGGUGGUGCCCCUUGCUUCAGCAGCUAUUGUGUCGUUGCAUCCUGACGAUGCAGCCAUGAAGCACUCUGGUAAGUUCGACCGCUCCUCGACAUGCCGGUUCUUAAUCCUUUUUGUAACCGCACUGGAUUUAGCAGAGAGGCCGCUUGCUCUCGGUCACAGUGUGUAUCCAUUACUGGGUAGAUUAGGUAGGGAUGACACUUUGUACAAGUAACAAG